AUUUGGGGAGGCGGGGUGCUUUAUUUAUUUUACCCUCAGCAGCCCCAGGGCAAACCUCUUCCGCAGGCACUUGUCCGUUUAAAGACGAAGACGUUGCAGCUUCCCUCUUUCCCCCGUCCUACGCAAUCCCAGGUCAACGCAUACUGUACUUGCAACAAAGCCUGAGACAAAACCUAGGCAAUUAUCGUGUUUCCCCACCCCAGCCACCACCUCCCUCUCUCCCUGCUUCCUUCUGCAAAAUCCCUGGCCUGAACGGAAGCUUUGCAAAAUAAAAUAAAAAUCUUGUGCAAAAAAAUAAAUAAAAAUUAAAUACAUUGGGGGGGGGGCAGGAUGACACCGGGAAGGAGGCGGGCGCUUGUCACGCACGGCGUUUAUCUUCAAUGAGGAGCUGCCCCCUGCGAGGUUUGCACCCGAGUAAACUUGCACCUAGAUCCACCAGUUGGCAUUGCCAACUGGUGGUGCGGGGGGGGGGGGAGAGAAAGAGAGACGCCACCUCUCCUUUGCAAAGUGCGCGACCCACCCACGAUCAGGCGGCGGAGCAAAACCCAGCGGGAGUGCGCGUCGGCGGCUUUGCAUUUCUUUUGCAAGCGCCUCUCCUGCCGCCGCUUUGCAAAGAGAAGAAAAGAAGAAGCAGAGGGGAUUUUGGCGCCAAAUGCCUGGCACCUCCCCUGCUUUUAUGGAAAUCAGGGGGGUGGGGUUAAGGCUGGAUCUCUCCCUCUCUCCCCCCCUUUCCCUCCCCGGGUGUGUCAGGAUUUUUUUUUUUUUUUUGGGUAGUUAAUAACAUACAAGAGCUUCAAAGCCCACUCAGUGACAGUCAUCUGUCUGCAAGCAAGGGUGGAUGCGGAGGCUUAAGCCCGGCUGGAGGGUGGGGGGGUCGACCGGGCUUGCUGGUGCUCUGGAAAGUGCAAGGACAUCCUCGGGCUUAACUCGCGCGCCCCCCACCCCCAGUCCUCUCUCCCUCGCCCCCCACGCACCCACCCAUUUUCCGUGCAGCAGCCACCGCCAUCCAGCAGGUAAGAUGUGCCCGGGCGCGCGCGCGCGCGGGGGUGUGCAAAAAGAGCCACUUGGGAGAGGGGGGGAAAAAAGAAGAAAAUAAAAUCUGUCUUAACCGAUGCAGCCCACCCUCAAUUUGAAGAGGUGGGGUGCCGUUGGGUGUGUUGUGGUUUUUGUUUGUUUGGAAGGCUAGAUACCUAGUGUCUCCUGAUGGCUGGCGCGUUGUCUGUGCGUGUGUUGUUGUUUGUUGUUUCCCUCAUUCAUCGCAAGCCAACCAUGCUGCGGUUUAUUUUUAUUUAUUUCCGCCGCCUCUCCCCCCCCCCGCCCUCCCACCGCGCGCUUAAAACUGUUGAUGUGGCUGAGUGAGGAGCUUGCGCGCGUCUGCGCUUUUGUGCCUUCGCUGCGUUCCGCGCGAGGAAAUUUAGCAAGCCUUGGGUGGAGGUGAAAUAAUAAUAAUAAUAAAUAGUGGCGAUCUCUCGUGUACAAUAGUGGGAGCGAUCAGGGGGGCGGGGCAGGCGAGAGCAGCAGCUGGGAUGGCUUCGUAUCCGCGGUGUGGGUUGCUUUGGCGAGCUCCGGUCGGGAAAGCUUUUCCGUUCCGAGCAGUUAUUAUUGCUAUUGAUCCCGGGCUUCGUUUCAGAAAGGAAAAAAAAAGAAAACCUCCCCCGCUUUCCUCUCCUCCCUCCCCUGCUUUCCUUUAAUAUCCCGGUGCCCGCGACGUCCAUGCAGCGUGGACGGGGUUUUUGUUUUCUUUUGCUUUGGUGGAAACCUAUUGCAGACUUUUACAUGUCUGGACUGGCGCGAUCCUGCUUUUUGCGCGCAGAAUGCUGCGUGUGUCGUCCGUUUUAAAAUAUGCCUGCAAAAUCGUGGAUGCCUGGGUUGGAACUUGUAGUGUUUUUCUGUUUAAUUUUUUUCGCAAUUUACAACGCAAUAUAUAUAUAUAUAUUUUCCCCUUCCUCCCCAACCACCCUGCCUGCCCACAAUCAGUGUGGCGCAAAAACUUCCUGUCGCCUAUAUUGAGAGGCUGUGUUGGUGUGUGUGAAUGAAUUUCAUUCUGUUGCAUAAUGCUGCUGCUGCUUUGGGAGACUUCCUAGUUCGCCUUCCUACUCCCCUCUCUGCGUGUGGGUUUCUGGAAGCGCGCUUGGGAGUGAACGGAAUGGCAAUUUGCAAAGUAGCGCCGAGCGCGCCUCUCCCCUCCAUUCCCCCCCCCCCACAUCCGUCGUCCUCCUUUUCCCUCUCUCUGCGUAGCCUGCAGAUGACAAAAGAGGGCAGAAACUUCCUCUUACUUUGCUCGAAUAUCCAGAGGGUGGGUGGGUUCUCCCCCCCCCACGGUGUCUGCCGCUGGAUGAAUUUCUCUCUGCAUCUGUGAACAUUUCCUCCCCUCCCCGGAUUGAAGGGGGUGCGCCCCAAGGAGCAGACUUGAGAGACAGCAGCAUGCAGGAGUUGAAGACAAGCCCUUGUACAUUCAUAUAGCCCUGUUCAGAUUUUCCUGCUGUUUCCCUACAGAAGGUAGAAGAAACCCGGGAACUGUUGCUGUAUGUGGGUGGAGAGCUUUUGUUUCUGUAGGACUGUAUCACAGGAUAGGUGUGUGUUUCUGAUUUUUUUUUUAAAGUCUAAUUUGUUUUUGUUUUUUUCCCCUCCCACUUCUCUCCUGCUUAGUUUGUGAUCCUGCCUGGAAAGGCGAUUGGGGGGGUUCAUCUCCUUUCACACCAAGUGGGGAAAAAACAAAACACAAGAUUUCUUCUCGGAAGGAAAGUACGCAGAGAUGCCAGGGAUGGUCAGUAAAAACCCAGAUCUUGAAUUCGACUCCUUGCAGCCUUGCUUCUACCCGGACGAAGAUGAUUUUUAUUUGUGCGGUCCUGACUCUGCUCCCCCGGGGGAGGACAUCUGGAAAAAGUUCGAGCUACUGCCUACACCUCCCUUGUCUCCCAGCCCGGCAGGUCUGCAAGAAAACCCCCCCGGGGGAGCCCCCGUUUCAAGUUGGGGCGGGGCGGGGACUCUAGGGGGGUUCCGAACCGCCGACCCUCUGGACUGGGCUUCGGAAUUGCUGCUCUUGCCCCCGGAAGCGGACCUGUGGGGCGGCGGCGAUGGAGGGGACUCCUUCGAGACCGGCUUGGGGGAGAACAGCAACCUGAACGCCAUCAUCAUCCAGGACUGCAUGUGGAGCGGCUUUUCCGCCAGCGAGAAGCUGGAGAGGGCAGCGGCCAACGAGAAGCCGCAGAGCAAAGGAGGAACAGCUGUCGCGCCGGCCACAGCUGGGUCUACAGCCCUCUCUGCUGCUGCCGCUGCUGCAGCCACCGCCGCCGCCGCCAGCAGCUCUGCGAACAAUGGCAGCAGCAGCAGCCAGGCACAGCUGAACAGCUCUGUAUCGGAGUGCGUGGAUCCAGCCGUGGUUUUCCCCUUCCCUAUGAACAAGAGGGAGCCGGCUGCUCCUGCUGCAGCGGCUGGGAUCCGAGGGAACCUUGGCAGCGGCAGCGAGGCGGUUCCAGGGGUGGCGGCUCCUGCUCAACACAGCGGCUGCCACCCAAGCGCAGCCAGUGACAGCCGGACCGGCUGCAGCUCUGGCGAUGACACGCUCAGCGAUUCCGGUAAGUAGCCACAUGCUUUCCGGCAUGCACGCAUCGCUCCGUUGGGAGGGGGGUGUUUCGACUUGCAACGCUCUUCCCCUGCCCCUCACAGCAAGCCAACACAGUAGCAUAGCUACCUUGCUUCAGUUGUGCCACCAGCCAGAGUGGCGACAGCUAUGCCUGGAUAGCUCAGUUGGUUAGAGCAGGGUGCUGAUAACUCCCAGGGUUGCAGGUUCGAUCCCUGAAUGGGACAGCUGCAUUGCAGGGGGUUGGACUUAAAGGUCCUCAGGGUUAUGAUUCUGUGAACCGAUAGGAAGCUGGGUGCGUGAUCACCAGUGGUUGGGUGGCUGAUCACCAAUGCUGUUGAAUGAUCCCAAAGCAUCUCCAUUAGGCUGGUGCAUUUGGACAUAGCUGCCUCUUUACCUAUGGAACUGGAGAACGAGGAAAUGAUCGCUUCUGGUUGUUUUGUUUUGUUUUGUCUCCCAGGCUGUAACCUUUUCCUUCCUGCAUCCAAAUCAUACCUAAGGCUUACCCGCCCCCCCUUUACACACCAAACCAAAGUAUGCAGAUCUGUAUAUUCCUAUAGGUCAUGUCUCAGUAAUAGUAAGACUGAGUGGAAGUUACUCACAGAAUUCUAGAGUUGGGGAGGAACCUUGUGGUUCUUCCCUGCAAUGCAGGAAUAUGCAGCAGGAUUGAACCUGCAGCCUUGGUGUUUUAUCAGCACAGCACUCUUAACCAACUGAGCUAUGCCCAAGGUGGCCUGAUCUCGAGGUGAACCUUCUGCUACAAAGCAAUAAGGUGGAAAGAGAGGUUUAAAGCAGAGGUGGGAGGGGGAGACACGGAGAAGGAGAGAAGCUAUUUGACUCCUGUGGAAUUGAGGGAGGGGUAAUGAAUGCUGCUAUUUAUGCCCAGGAGCUCUGCAAAGACAGGAUACAUAGGGCUAAUGCAUUUGUUUCAUGGGGAGAAAAUGCUUGUAGAAUGUAGUCUGCUUGCAUUGUUAAAAAAAAAAAUUAAUAAAAUUAUAAUCUAGACAGGCUUUCCAAACUGGUAGGUGAGUUUAAUUGCUUCCCUGCUAGAACCAUUACAAAGCAUGACCAGUAGGCGGCAGGGUACAUGCCUCUCUUACCAAAAAAGUUUCCCUUGGGGACUCUGUUCCAGACAGUUGUAUGGGUUCCUCCUACCUUACACACAAACUUUUGCAGUGCUGAUGAUGGAUGGAUGAAAGAAAUUCAUUUUUUAAAAAUAAAUCCGCAAGCCUACAACACAUUUAUGCUAAACAUCACUGCGGUUUUGCACCUGGUUCUAUUACUGCUGCCAUAUAUACUGUAUACAAGUUUUGCAUGCAACAGCGUAUUGUGAAAACACAAGAGCGAUUUGCUCUUUUGUGCUGGGUGUGGACGAGGCAUCAAAAAUCCCUCAUCGUCCAGCAAUUUUGCAGGUGUUUUAGCAGGGCGGAAAUACAAAAUGCUGGGCUGCAACUUAAGUGAAACAUUUACACUCCUGGUGGGAGAGAGGGAUAGUAAUAAACACAGCUUCCCAUAUGUAAAUGAGAGUAUCCCUAUGACCAGAAUCAUAAAGUUGACGAACAGCCUCCUGUUUCAAAACACUCGCUGCUCCCUUCAUGUCUGCAUCUUGACAGCUUUGAGUGAAGGAGCAUUUCCUCCCAACAGCUGUCUUCCUGGCAGUAAACCAAAACUUUGGCUACCAACUGGAAGAGCUCUGCAUUCCCUGCUAGAACAAAUCCAGCAAUUGUUUGGUUUCCCAGUCCCUUUUCAGUCAAGCAAGAUGUGUGUGUGUACAUUUAAUGUGCAUUGUGUGCCUGUUUGUAUUGUCCGUGCAAUUUAGAGCACAGACUGGUGGCUUAAAAUGCAAAUUAGGGUAUUUCGUUUCCAGAUUUAUUUCCAUCCUAUGAUUAUUUGGGUUGCAAAUUUAUUUGCUUUCCUGCACAGCUUGAAAUCCAGUGCUUUGUGCUAUUUCACGUGGAUCUAGAGCUACAUCUUGGUUACAAGACCUGCAGAACUAUAUAGAAUAGCAUGUAGCCUCUAAGGCACAUGUAUACAAAGUCCUUUCUCUUUUACCUUGAAAUGCUGUUUCCCUGCCUCCUUUGCGUUGCUUAAAUAUUUAUACAUGGGCAUUUGCCCUGGGAAUUGCUUUCAUUUCGCACACAUAUAUGCUAAUUAAUGCUAAAUGCUUGAGAGCCUUCUGGUGUGCUUUCCUGAGAUGGUAACACCUCCCUGUUUCUUCUCUCUCUCCCCGAUGUGUUAAAAGAUGAAGAUGACGAAGAGGAGGAGGACGACGAGGAAAUCGACGUGGUCACCGUGGAAAAGAGGCGGUCCUCAUCCUACAAGGCCGUGACCACCCUCACGGUUGCAACGCGCCCCAGAAGCGCCACCUCUUUUGCCUCCGUGAGAACUCAGCCAAACGACGUCCUCCUCAAGCGCUGUGCCCCUAUUCACCAGCAGCAUAACUACGCCGCGCCUUCGCCUUACAUCGAAAGCGAGGAGGUGCCGCCCCAGAAAAAGCUAAAAACUGAAGCGCCCCGUCCCGUCAAAGCCAUGACCCAACCCAAGGCCAAGAGCUCCAGUCCCCGAAGCUCCGAUUCGGAAGACAGCGAGCGCCGGCGUAACCACAACAUCUUGGAGCGCCAGCGGCGCAACGACCUGAGGUCGAGUUUCCUCACGCUUAGGGACCAUGUGCCGGAACUGGUGAAAAACGAGAAGGCGGCAAAAGUCGUCAUCUUGAAAAAAGCCACCGAGUAUGUUCAUUCGCUACACGCCGAGGAGCACAAGCUGUUGCUAGAAAAGGAAAAACUGCAAGUCAGACAACAGCAGCUGAUAAAAAAAUUGGAGCACAUGCAGACUUGCUAAAAACAACAAAAAAAGAGAGAUAUUACAAAAAAAUAACAGCGUUGUUUUUUUUGUUUUGUUUUUAAAAAUGGUCUGAUCUGGACAGCCACUGCCACUUUGCACAUUUUUGAUUCCUUAAAGAGAGUUAUGUUUUUUGACGUUAAGAAUGUUGGUUUUACUUUUCAAUCCAGUCUCCGAAUUGGAAGAGACUGCCAAACCGUGAUGGGGAUGCCUUUUGUAUUUUCUCCUAGAACUGUAUAUGUUCUUUAUCAAUGUUGUGAGCCUUUGGAUCUGCUUAUGACAUCCAGUUGAGUUUGGAAAUAUUCAUUCCUUUUUAAAUGGUGCUUAUGUUCUACCAGGUGUUAUGGGGCAAAACCAUUUUGUACCCUGGGGGGGGGGAGGGCGGGGAGAGAGUGGGGAACAAGCCACACCUCUGUAAAUAAAAUACACACCCACACUUGCCUUUUGUACAUGUCUUGGGUUAUGAGAGGUGACUUUUUGCUACCAAUAUUAGACUGGAAGUUCAUACCUAAGUACUGUAAUACCUCAAUGUUUGAGGAGCAUGUUUUUGUAUGCAAAUAUAUUGUUAAUCUCUGUUAUGUACUGUACUAAUUCUUACACUGCCUGUAUACUUUAGUAUGACGCUGAUACAUAACUAAAUUUGAUACUUAUAUUUUCGUAUGAAAAUGGUUGUGGAAAGUUUUGAGUAGAUAUUACUUUAUCACUUUUUUGAACUAAGAAAACUUUUGUAAAGAAAAUUUACUAUAUAUGCCUUUUUUUCCUAGCCUGUUUCUUCCAGUUAAUGUAUUUGUUAAUGUUUGUUGCAUAGAACUGGGUAAUUGCAAAGUUCUGUGUUUAAUUUCUUCCAACGAUGUACAUUUAGUGCUGCAUCUUUAUAGCACUUUGAAAUACCUCAUGUUUAUGAAAAUAAAUAGCAGUUAAAUG